GUAGUGCUUUGAAUAAAAAUAAAGGACCAGUUGGAGUGAACCCUGGUAACACAUAAUAUUUGCUUUCACUUAGCUUAUUGCCUCUUUUUUCUAGGUUUUUAUGGCAAACAAAAGAGGCACCCACAAAAGCAUCCUAAAUCCACUGAUAAACCAGUGUAAAAAUGAUAGCAGCUAUUUCGUGGAUUCCCAAAGGGGUUGCAAAGUCGGUACCAGCUGAGGCUGAGCCCCCUUCAAAAGAGGAAAUUGAGGAGAUUCUUAAGAGUGGUCUUCUUGAUAAACGUGAAAAUAGUGACGAUGAGGAAGCUGAAGGAGAAAUGCAUGUUGAUGAAUCCAAUGAAAAUGAGGAUGAUGAAAUUGCUGUCGCGUUAGCUGCUGCUGAUGCACUUGGAAAGGCAACAAAAGUUGGUUCUGUAGGAACUGAUGACAUAACAGAUGGUUUAAAGGAAUUGGACAUGGACAACUACGAUGACGAGGAGGAUGGCAUUGAGCUUUUCGGUUCAGGACUUAAAGACUUGUACUACCCAAGUAAUGACAUGGACCCAUAUCUCAAGGAUAAGGACAAUGACUCUGAAGAUGAUGACGACAUGAUAAUAAGACCUGAUGAUUCUGUUAUAGUUUGUGCAAGCAAUGAGGAUGACGUCAGUCAACUUGAGAUAUGGAUUUUGGAAGUUUCAUCAGAUGGGGAAACAAACAUGUAUGUUCACCAUUGUAAUAUUAUACCUGCCUUUCCUCUCUGCACAGCAUGGCUUGAUUGCCCUAUUAAAGGCGGCGAGAAAGGUAACUUCAUAGCUGUGGGCUCAAUGGAACCAGCAAUUGAAAUUUGGGAUAUGGACAUCAUGGAUGAGGUGCAACCAUCUGUUAUAUUAGGUGGCAUUGCUGAUAUAAAGAAAAAGGGGAAGAAGAAAUCUAUCAAAUACAAGAAGGAUAGCCAUUCAGAUUCAGUACUUGGUCUUUCUUGGAACAAGGAAUAUAGGAAUAUACUUGCCAGUGCUAGUGCUGAUCAUACAGUCAAGGUUUGGGAUGUGACUACCGAAGCUUGUAAUCUGACUUUGAAGGACCAUACUGACAAGGUUCAAGCAGUUGCAUGGAAUCCGUUUGCACCGCAGAUUCUUCUGAGUGGAUCAUUCGAUCAUACAGUUUGCUUGAAGGACGGGAGGAAACCCUCUCACAGUGGAUUUAAGUUUCCAGUUGCCGCUGAUGUUGAAAGCUUGGCUUGGGAUCCACAUUCUGAGCAUUCGUUUGUGGUCAGCUUGGAGAAUGGUACUGUUACUAGUUUUGAUAUCCGUGCUGCUAGUUCUGGUUCGACUUCCGAGACAAAGCCAAGUUUCACUAUCCAUGCUCAUGAUAAAGCAGCGUCCUCGUUGUCCUUUAAUCCUCUAGUCCCAAAUCUUCUUGCAACUGGUUCCACGGACAAGACGGUUAAAUUAUGGGAUUUGACCAACAAUCAGCCUUCUUGCAUUGCAUCUAGGAAUCCGAAAGCUGGAGCUGUCUUCUCUGUAUCUUUCUCAGAUGAUUGCCCCUUUUUGCUUGCUGUUGGUGGCUCUAAAGGGAAGUUGCAGCUAUGGGAUAUUGCGUCAGAAGAUGCCGUGUUGAAGAAAUAUGGGAAAUACGUUGCACAAAAAAGGCCGUCGCCACCCAAAUCAUAAUGUAAAUGUAGUUUUCGAGAUAUUGGUUGAAUUCUAUAGUGAAAGUGUUACCUAGGCUGUCAAUUUUGAUCUGUGGUUUAGUAGGGUGGUUUUUGGCUCCCCAUAAUUUAUCAUAUGAGCAUGGUACUGUUACUGCACAUUGCCUGGACCAAUUGAAAGAGGAAGUGAAGAGUUUGGUGGAAUCAAGAUAGGCGUGUGUUUUUUCGGACAUAA